CUAUAAACAGAGCCUUGUUAUAAUAUUGAACUCAGAGUUUGUGAGUCCCCUCGGCUUGUUGUUGUCACAGUUGUGAUUACACACCAGAUAAAAUCAUAUAGGCUAGGCAGUGAAGUAAGCCGGCGCUGGCACAGCUAAACAACCAAACAUGUAGCCAGCCAGCCAGGUGAAUUCGAAGACCUAAAUUAUGACAUGCGCGCGCAGCUCUCUCACAGGUAAUUAUACUGGCUGGCGCAUCCUCUUUCUCGGCCACCGCUGACUGCGUGAGCGAACAGCCCUUACCUAGUGGAUGCCACGUUUGUUCGCGACAUCCCGAACCAAUGAGAGAGCUUGUUUUACAAUAGAGCCUCCACACGCUGUUGCACAUGGUUCAAAACUGCCCCCAUGUCGCCGUCGCUCAUCACAACACACAACAUCGAGAGCCACGAUCGGAGACAGUUGUGAAGCGACAGGAGGAGUUAGAGAAAUUCGGAGGUGGACGACACGGGGACAUAGUACGCGACGCAGCACCUUUAUCUACGCACGUCGCCGCCACCCAUCGCCAAAUAAUGGCGUGUAACUACUUGGUUGUGAUAUUUUGUGCCACGGCAGGGAAACAAGGGGAAGAGUUAGGGACGGACGAAGAACAGAUUGUUUUGAUUGUCUACCUAUUGCUGGACAUAUCUAACAAUCGGGUGGUUUCUCUCCAACACCAGUAUGUCCGGCCGCAGGUGGACGACAUUUCAGAGACAGUCCUCACUGAGGAAUGCAAGACAGAAAUAGAUCUUAACGAAGACAGCAUCAGGAACGCUCAGCCCUUAGAGCAAGUCCUUGACGAGUUCGACCGGUUUAUCAAGACAAAAGGCUGUCACCCGGAAUCAGGCGGGAACAGUUUCACUUUCGUUUGUGACGGACAGCUGCAUUUUCGCCUCAGUCUUCAUCCAGAAGCGUGCAAUAAAAACAUUACUCUCCCAGACUAUUUCUACCGUUUCUAUGACUUAAGGAAAGAAUUUAAGACCUUCUACAAGACAGAGAAUAUCAAUGGAAUCAAGGACAUGCUUGAAUAUCUUGGUUUAGAAGGGGACCAGUCUGUAGACUAUGGAGUUCGACAAUGCCAGGAAAUGUCCAGUAUUAUAACUAGACUCAUUAAUGACGGACACACGUUCACAGACCCAGACAUCAUUAAGGAUAGACUUGAGCCAGGGAUAUGCAAUAAAACUGAAUUUGUUGAUGACGAUACCGUUAUCCGGGCACGUGGGUUACCAUGGCAAUCGUCAGACCAAGAUAUAGCGAAGUUCUUUCGUGGCCUUAACAUCGCAAAGGGUGGCGUUGCUCUGUGCCUUAGUCAACAAGGACGCCGAAAUGGAGAAGCUCUUAUUCGUUUUGAGAAUAAAGAGCACAGGGAUCUUGCCUUAAAGAAACAUAAACACCAUCUUGGACAGAGGUAUAUUGAAGUGUACAAGGCGUCGGGGAAAGACUUCAUCAACGUGGCGGGCGGUAACAACACAGAGGCCCAGGCAUUCCUGUCACGUGGUGGUCAGGUGAUCAUACGCAUGCGCGGUCUUCCUUAUUCGUGCACAACAGAACAAGUGCUCGACUUUUUCCGUCGCGGAGAGAAUGCGGUAGAGGUGCUGGAUGGAGAAGAAGGGAUUUUGUUUGUCCACCAGGCAGAUGGGCGUGCCACGGGAGAUGCUUUUGUCCUCUUUGCCACCGAGGAGGCGUCCAACACAGCCCUGCUCAAGCACAGAGAGCUCAUUGGAACCAGAUAUAUUGAACUGUUUAAGAGUACUACUGCUGAAGUACAACAGGUGUUAAACAGAAGCAUGGAUCCAAGGAGCCCGCAAGAGCCAGACAUUCCUCUUCCACCACUCAUUGCCUCGCUUCCGCAAAGUCUUCCAUUCCUUCCUCAGCAGGCAAUCACUUGUGGCGUGCUCAAAGAUUGUACGCGCAUGCGUGGACUUCCAUACGAGGCCACGGUCACGGACAUCCUGAAUUUUCUAGGGGAACAUUCUAGAAAUAUUGUCUUCCAAGGGGUUCAUAUGGUGUACAAUGCACAGGGUCAACCAACAGGAGAAGCAUUUAUCCAGAUGGACAAUGAGUUGUCUGCCGAGGCCUGUGCCGCCAGUCGCCACAAAAAGUACAUGAUCCACGGGAAUAAGAAACGUUACAUAGAGGUCUUCCAGUGUUCCGGGGAGGACAUGAACAUGGUGCUGACAAACGGGGCCCUACCUCCGCCCCCUAAUCCCGCUGCAGCCGCCGCCGCCGCCGUUGCUGCCACGGCGCCAGUGACGCCGACCCUCCACGCGCUCCCGACCCCGCAGACGAUACCCCAGCUGGCCAGACACCCCGUGCACCAACUCCAACCUUCAUCUGCCGCUGCCAUGCUCGCCACUGGCGGCUUGGGGCAGAGUAAGUUUGCCUUCUCAAGUGCCCCAAUACUGCCACAAACGACUCUGUCGCCGGCUUCCCCUUACACUGCUGCAUAUCCCUACCCGACAGCCGCCACUGCCACUGCUCUCCCACAGGCCACGCCCUUCGCCGCCCACUCGAUGACGUCACCGUUCGUAGCGCCGUCACUCACACAUAUCCCAGCCGCCAGACCCGCUGCCACCAACCCGUACUACCCGCCAAUACUGUACUGGUAUCCAAGUCCGCCUGUGUCACCGCAGACUUAUUAUGCCCAUUCCGGGCCCUCUGUUGUCGUAAUGAGGGGGCUGCCGUAUAAUGCAACCGUACAGGACAUUCUCAAUUUCUUUGAGGGCUUCUAUGAGGUUACACCGGAAUGCAUACAGAUUCAACGCAACACUGACGGCAGACCAAACGGAGACGCUCUUGUCACAUUCGUCAGCAGAAAUGAAGCUGAGCGUGCUAUUACUGAGAGAAACAGGAAAAUCAUUGGGAAUAGAUACAUAGAACUUUUCAUGGCCUGACGUCAGGCUCCAGGAAGUCAAAAUCUCCUGAGCGGUACCCGUUUAUAAAAUGUAUAUUCACAGGGACUUGAAUGGUGCUAACAACUGAAGAGAGAAGGCGAAAUGUCUUCCAUUUUUUUGGCGCGACACCAAUAAGUGCCCAGCGGCGCGUAAGUAAUUUCUUGUUAUUUCACUGGCCAAAUGCCCGGAUGGACAGCUGUUUCCAAAUAAACCCGGGAUUUUCAGAGAUGAAAAAUUAAUUGUAGGUGUAUAUGAAGUUCCUCGUCUACCAACGUCAUGCUGUCUAUUCGAGCUUCAAGAAAAAAGUCAACAGUUUUGUAAGAUGGCGGACAUAUCAAAAAGUAAAACUAUUUUCCAACUUUUUGAGUGCACCUAGUCAACUUGACCUUUACCUUGAUAUACUUCUUGCAGUGCAUGUGAAUUCGUCUUCCAAUCACAGGGUCCAAGCACACCUAUCGUCUGCUUUUAGAUGAAAGGUGUUACAUAUUCCAAGAAAAUCUGUAUGACGCAUGUGACCAUAUAUUUGUUCCAAAUGACACAAGUGCCUUUUAUUUACAUUUUUUCUGAAGUGCAUUUUUGAAUUGAUGCUAAAGUGUUUUUUGUUUCCUAGUCAACUUGGUGAUACUACCGCAGAGCUAUAUGAUACAUAUGAUACAUAUGAUGUGUGAUUUGUGAUUUUACCAAUGUAUUUUUCUAACCACGAGUGCUUCCAUACCUGUAAACGGACAUAUAUGCAAUAUUCGUAUUCGUUGGGACGUCUUCUCAGACGUUAUUUUUUAAUGCAGCAUAUUUUCACAUCUCGGAGAAGCCUAUAAUGUAACAGGGUUUAUGCAUUCCAGGUAAAUGUUUCAAACAAAAAUCGUUGGCUCAGUAGUUUUGAAAAUGAAAGAAAUCAUGACCAUAUCUCUUGUGUGCUGAUGAAUGUUAUACAUAUAUAGAUACAUGAAUAUAAGUAGAUAACGUUAGAAAGAUAUUGUAUAUAUUUACUAUGAUAUUUGAUAACCUUUUGACCUACACGUAAACUCCGACACACGCCCACAUUAUUAGCUAGUGGUCACGUGUAGAAGUGAAGUUUUUGAUUGAGAACGGAGUAAUAUACCCUAGGUCAUUAAUGUUACCGACACGCAUUUAUUUAUAUAGCUUAUUUUAGCGAGUUAUCAUAACAGAUUAUUCAGUGUUCAUGUAUUGAAAUCUCAUUACUGAUCGUUGGUGUGAAACGCCUUCGUUUUUAAAAGAUAUUUAUUUGACCGAUAUAGGUUUUACUUUACUAUGGCACUUGUAGGCAUUUUAUUACUCUUACAGCACGACAAUAAGGGUAACUAUCGCUACAUAGAGACAAGAUACACUUGAAUAUGAAUAUGUAUAUGAGAUAAGCGUACGGACACAGUGCUAUAUUGUCAAAUUCAUAAAGCAAUUGACUCUCUUGGAGUCGGUCUUUUUUCAAUUUAGUUCGCUUGACCAAAUCUUCUAGAGCCGAACAUUAUAGUUACUAUUAUUAUUAUAAAAUGAGCUAAAAGUUAUUAUUGUGACCAGAUUUAAAACAUAUACGCAAUGCGUUUUACGUUAUAUCUUUUUUGUUGAGUUUUUCGAGGAGGUAAACAUAUAUUAUAUAUACAUAUAUAUCAGAUUUAAUUUCAAGUGCAAUACGUUAUGGAAGAGUGCUCUUAGACAUGGUUGUGCUCAUUUUUAUUGCGAAGACACUUUCUAUACUGAUGAAAUAAUUAGUUUAUAGAGAAAUGUGCUAUUUAGAAAUGCCAAGUUAUUAGUGCAUGAGGCAGUUUGUAGCUACAAUUUAGAUUUUAAAUGAUAUUUUUCAAUUUAUUUUUCUGACAAUGUGAAAGAUUGGGCGCUGACCUUCGAUAAGAUGCAAUUAUUAAAUAGAUGUCGCCUUUGACCAAGAAACGCUAGUGCCCAAUAUUUCACAAGGUUACAUGAUGACAUAUUAUAGCAAUAAUCAGUCAUGUUAUUCUUCAUAAUAAUAAUAAUAAUGCAAUAAAUUAAUAACUAGAAAAAAGCGGUGGUGGUGAAUGCUUGGUUGGUUGGUUGGUUGGUCGAUUUUCGAUUUGUGGAUACUGGUGGCGUAGAUGUUUCGGUGGCGGGAAAAUGGUUGCACCAAAUAGUUCUUCAAUUCCUCUCCCUUCCUCUUCUCCUCUCACUCCUGUGCAAAUUAUUCUGAGGAUUGGUCCGACUUAAACAUUCCAUUUUUCGUUGCCACAACGAACAUUGUGUGACGUACUUACAACUUUGUUUGUAUCCCCCUCCAACUGAUCUUCUUUUUUUACUCGGAACGUUUGCACAUGGAUUUUUUCCUUAUUUUCCAUAUGGUGCGUCCUGCACGAGCUUGGCAAGACAGUGCUGCCUCUCAAUCACGUGCCAUGAAAAACCGAAUUCAAGGUUUAAAAAAUCGGGAGUUUCUUUACUGAAUGCCAAAGGAACAUCAUUUUCUGGUUAAGGUGGCACUUUUUCAUAUCCAGGCUCAUUUCUUUCCUUGGUACUUUCAAUACUUUUCCAAAAAUUAGAGGGGCUUUCUUGAGUAUUCUUGCUCAAACAAUAACCAAUCUCUGAUUGGUCGAAUGAGGGACGGUUUAGGUUGCAAAUUUGGGUAAAUGUGGCGGGACUUUUAAACAUAUAGUUUUAUUGUAGACUAAGUGUUUUAAACUUUAUUUUAGCGGGGAAAAAGAUAUACUCGUAUUGGGGAUUCCUGGUAGGCCGUGACGGUGUUGGAUCUUUUCUCUUUGGUUCAGGGAAAUCAGUAAUGGCGUAUCUUUCCUUAAAAAGCACUAAACUAAAAGAAUGUCUCAAAGAUGACCGAAUCUCAUGCCAUAGUGGAGAAUCACUUAAAAGCUGAGAUGCUCUUAUUUAUUUUAAAGUUGAUAUUUUUAAUUUAUUGUCCCAUGGUGCCACACCAGAGUUUGUGAAUGUCACAGAGCAUUCUCAAUAUGAUAUAUAAAUCUAUAUUUAAAGAAAGAUUUUAUGUUUAUUGAAAUAAAGUAUCUUUACAUGUGAAUA